AAGGUUAAGGCCACGUCGUCGUCUCCCUCCUCCCCAUCAUCCCCUUCGUCGCCUCUGCUCCAACCGCUCUUCGAUUUGAUCACCGAUCUGCGAUUUGGGCCGAUUAGGGUUUACGACCGAGAGCUAGGGUUUCGCGCGAGAUGGCGCAGGCGGUGGAGGAGUGGUACCGGCAGAUGCCCAUCAUCACGCGCUCCUACCUCACCGCCGCCGUCGUCACCACCGUCGGCUGCACCCUCGAGAUCAUUUCGCCGUAUCACCUGUACCUCAACCCGAAGCUGGUGGUGCAGCACUACGAGAUCUGGCGCCUCGUCACCAACUUCCUCUACUUCCGCAAGAUGGAUUUGGAUUUUCUGUUCCACAUGUUUUUUCUGGCGCGGUACUGCAAGCUUCUUGAGGAGAACUCAUUCAGAGGAAGAACUGCCGACUUUUUCUACAUGCUCUUGUUUGGUGCUACUGUCCUAACUGGCAUUGUUCUAAUUGGAGGGAUGAUACCUUACAUUUCUGAGACAUUUGCCAGAAUUCUGUUCUUGAGCAAUUCAUUGACAUUUAUGAUGGUUUAUGUCUGGAGCAAGCACAAUCCCUUCAUCCAUAUGAGCUUUCUGGGCUUGUUCACCUUUACUGCUGCUUACUUACCUUGGGUUCUUUUGGGGUUCUCUAUUCUUGUUGGAAGCAGCACAUGGGUUGAUCUUUUGGGUAUGAUUGCUGGACAUGUGUACUACUUUCUGGAAGAUGUGUACCCACGGAUGACUGGCCGUCGUCCCCUCAAGACUCCGUCGUUCAUCAAGGUGCUAUUUGCCGAUGACAAUGUUGUGGUGGCACAGCCAGCCAAUGCCGGGAUUGGCGCGGGUGCAAGGUUUGGUCCAGACCCCCCGGUCCAAUGAUCAAUUGCUAUCCGUGAGCUGCGACAGUUUCUUUAUCUGCUCAAAUUGCGGGAUUGUACAAGCCAAUGUUCUUGUGUAUUUAUACAGGCUAGAUCGAUCAGAGUUAUUGUGCAUAACAAAAUAUUAGUACUAGUAUCUGAGGCAACUAAGUUUCUCACCCCUCGGCAAGGUCAAAGGAAAUGAUUUAUGAUUGUUCACUACUUGGCAGGGUCAAAGGAAGUGAGAGACCUAUUAAUUUUAUGUUCUACUUUGAAGCA